AUGACUGCGCUCGCCUCUCCUGGUCCUUGGGGAGAAAACAUUCUUAAGAAUGUUUACUACUACUUCGCGCGCAUUCAGAAGAAUGCACAUUUGAAGAACAAAAACUUCUCAGCGGGAAAUCCCGAGAGCAACCGGUUCGGUACGCCGCGCUUUCUGAAUGACCGCGAGAUGGUAGAGUGCCUGACUUCGAUCUUCGAGUGGACAAUCAAUCCGAGCGCCAAUGAUGGACGCGUUUGUCCGGUCGUUCUUCUCGGACACGCAGUAGACAACGAUGUCGAGAAGAUUCAGAAGCUUCUCCACUUCGAUCCCCGCACUGUUGUCAAACAGAUCGACACUCAAGUGAUCGCGCGAGACGUUGGUCACUGGAAUCAUCGAGUAAACCAGAUCGGGCUCCAGCGCCUGGUGGGAGAUAUGGGCUUUGCCUUCCGCGACGCUCAUACCGCCAGCAACGACGCAGCAUAUACCACCAUUGCGGCCGUUCAGCUGAUACUCAACCCUUCCCAUAAGAGCAUUUCGCAGCCGUGUACGCUGCAGAAGGUCGUCGACGCUGCUGAGCUUCGGUCACAACGUGAAUACUGGACCCAUGGCAGUGACAAGUAUUGUUUCCGAUGCGGCAGCCGCAAGCACUUCGUUGAGACUGGAGGGAAGAAUGGAGCUCGCUGUUCCCAAGAUGUUUUCUGCGAGUUCUGUUACGAGAACCGUUACGAGGCGGGAGCUCACCAUGGCCACCGGACCGAAGCGUGCGUUAUGAAGGCCUUCGAGACUUCCAAUUCUAGCAGGCAGGGGAGGCGCAAGCGGCCUCGCGGUGGUCAGAAAGCAGCUAAUUAUACUCAAGCUGUUACUCAGGGAGCUCAAGAUGCUGCAGCUGACAACGCCAAUGAUAUCCCUCCCUUCUCGUUCGGCGGCAGUCCUCUCAACACAGCGACGCAGCACCCUGUUCAGGGCGGCUCGGCUCCUCAGCCUCCUUCGACUAUCUCAUAUCGUCCGCCUCAGCCUAGACUAGUGCCUAGCCAGGAUCCGCGCGUGUCCGCUCCUCAAUGGGCUACCGUUGCCUCCCAAACGCCUCGAACAGGAAACGCGCUGUCCCAGAAUCCUCGCGCUGCCGCUACUCAGACUAUGGCCAGCAGCAGCAGCGUCGUCCGAAGUGGGAACAUCUACGAUGUCCUCAAUGGUACAGUCAAGGAUAUCGAGAAGUAG